AUGCGUUCAUUCCUUUUCUUGGCUGGCCUGAUCGGCACAGCUCUAGCCGCUCCUUUUCAAUCCACGUCACUCCUUCGUCGUCACGAUACAACGCCCGAGGGUUUUCUUAGAGUAAAUCCUGGAAAGAUCCAAGUAUCAGACGACAAUUUACUUAACGGCACAUACGCAAACAACAAAACUCGCGUUCUCACACACCGCGCCGAACCUGCUUCGUUGCCACUGAAGCUGGUGAAUAACUUCAGUGGUGGCAACGUGAGAGCCUACAUCUCAGGGCUGGACUCUGAUGGCACUGUUGUUUUCAUAGGCGCUGAUGGAAGCCUGGUAUAUCCUAAAUCAGGCGGGUCGAAAGAACCUGUCGAGAUCAAGGACAACAUUGCCAUUCCCCUUCCACCACAAGGUCAGACAAUGGACUUUACAAUUCCUAUAUCUAUGAGCUCUGGCCGUGUUUACUUCGCCAAUGAUGAUCUUCACUUCUUUGUGGUAGACAUUGGAAGUGGCGACGGUCUCGUCCAGCCUUCUGUCACGAACCUUCAAGAUCCCAGUGCAGGUGUGGACUGGGGUUUCGUCGAGCUUACAUAUACAAAUGGUAUUCUCUACGCCAACAUCAGUUAUGUCGACUUUGUUGGGAUUCCCCUUGGUAUGGGUCUUGCUCUCAAGGAUGGAAGCGAGCAAUCAUGUGUCGGCCUCGAGUCUGGUGCUGUUAGCAAGAUCUGUGAUGAUCUUGUCAAACAGAAAGACUCCGAUGGAAGAGCUUGGACUUUCAUGUGUAUCGCCAACGCCCAGGGCAAACCAGUUCGAGUGUUGUCUCCCGGAAACCAGUAUGAUCUCGAACCCAUCACUUUUGGGGAUUACUGGGACAAAUAUGUCAACGACGUCUGGGCAAAGUACACCAACCAAGACCUCAUCAUCAACACCCAAUCCGAAGCAGGCGAGGUAAAAUGUCGCGUUACAGGCGAAGAAUUGACCUGCGAUGGGGAUAAUCGCGGAUACGCCAAGCCCAACACCAAGGAUAUCUGGGGUUGCAAUAGCGGCCCCUUCACAGUACAAGCAGGUGAUAACGGUGUCCACGCUGCCGUUGUCCCUCGUCUCUGCGCCGCUUUUGUAAGAUCCACGCUUCUUGAAGGCGGUGGCGAUAUACAACCUAAGUUAGGACAGGAUAUGUACUACAAGAGUGAUCCUACAAGCCACUACAGUCGAAUCGUGCAUUCUUACGAGGUUGACAACAAGGGAUAUGCGUUUCCUUACGAUGAUGUGAACCCUGAUGGAAAUGAGAAUGCGUCGGGUGUUGUUUCGGGAGAGCCACAGACUUUGACGAUUUAUGUUGGUGGACCAUCUGCUUAG